UUUAGGAACAAGAUUUUCAACUUAUAUUAUUGAGCCAAAUUUUAGGAACAAGAUUUUCAACUUUUAUUAUUGAGCCACCCCUUUUAGGGAAGGCUCUUAAAAAAAUUGGCGACGAAAGAAUAGUUGACACUAUACACAAAGCGUGGCUGCGUGGUUUGGAGACAUAACAUGCUCUAGCUUUAUAUUAGUUGUCGUGUCGGAACCAUAAGCAAUUUCUCCGAUGUGGUCUCCAAAUGACAAAACAUUCAUUCACUUAUUCAUGGUCAUCUGUGGUGGUGUUUGUGAAUUGCCAGGUUACAUUGCAGUAUAGAGAUGUUUGUAUCAGUGGAAGAGUGGUUCCCAUCAGAGCUCAGGUCACAACACUAAGAUCACUGGGGAUGAUGCACCUGGUGAAACUUGGCACAAGGUCUUCAGCAAAGAGGGAGAGGUUCCUUACAAUCGGGGUGAUUCCAGAUGGCGACAAGAAUGGAAAGCCUCACAAGCUCAGAUUAUUGUAUCCUAUUGCUAGCAGUGCUCUAGGUGAUUUUGGAGACUCAAAAACUGUGAUUUGGGUUUUACCCUUUUGUUCCAUUCAUACUUCAAUUUCUCUGCAAUCUCAUAUAUUUGAUAUGAUGCUUUCAUUCACUCACCCAGGUUUCUCUAUGUUAUACAAAUGAAAAUGGAGAACUUGUGUAUACUAAAUAGAUAGCUAUUAAAAAAAAGCACAUUAA